GGGUAGGAGCAGCGCCUAUUACGGUAGUCCUCAUCUUCACGGCCAGCGCCUCUUCCUGCAUUCAUUCGUUUGUUUUUUCCAUUCACGAAGGAUGAAAAGCAUUCUGUUGCCUUUUGGGAGGCGAGGGUGGAGGAAGAGGACAUAGAAUUUCAGAAGACUUUCUGCUCUUUGGAACCUUGGAUUCGGCCUAGUUCAGGAUGCAGUGGAAGAGCAGGAGAAGCCCCUGACUGAUGAGGACAUCGGGAGUCCUCCAGGUGAAGAAUGUCGGGGAAGGGCACUCCAGGAAGAGGAGACAGCAGGAGCAAAGUUGUCACGGGUAGUACUGAUGGAAUUGGAAAAUCAUAUGCAGAAGAGUUAGCAAAGCGCGGAAUGAAGAUUGUCCUUAUCAGCAGAUCACAGGACAAACUGAACCAGGUUUCCAGUGAAAUAAGAGAAAAAUUCAAAGUGGAAACAAAGACCAUUGCUGUUGACUUUGCAUCAGAAGAUAUUUAUGAUAAAAUUAAAACAAGCUUGGCAGGUCUUGAAAUUGGUGUUUUAGUGAACAAUGUGGGAAUAUCAUAUGAGUAUCCGGAAUACUUUUUGGAUGUUCCUGACUUGGACGGUACCAUCAAGAAACUGAUAAAUGUUAAUGUUCUUUCUGUUUGCAAGAUGACAUGGUUGGUACUGCCUGGCAUGGUAGAAAGAUCUAAAGGGGCAAUUCUGAACAUCUCCUCUGCCAGUGGCAUGUACCCAGUUCCACUGUUGACCUUGUACUCUGCGACUAAGGCUUUUGUAGAUUUCUUCUCUAGAUGCCUCCAUGAAGAAUAUAAGAGCAAGGGCAUCUUUGUGCAGAGUGUCCUGCCCUACUUUGUAGCUACGAAACUGGCUAAAAUUCGAAAGCCAACUUUGGAUAAGCCCUCUUCAGAGACGUUUGUGAAGUCUGCCAUUAAAACUGUUGGCGUGCAAUCCCGAACCAACGGAUACCUGAUCCAUUCUCUUAUGGCCUCAGUAAUCUCAAGCCUGCCUUCCUGGUUGUAUUUUAAAUUGACCAUGAAUUUAGGCAACUCCACCCGGGCUCGCUAUCUGAAGAAAAUUAAGAAGAACUAAGCAUUGGUAACUGUGUUGAGUAACUUGACCAGAUGUUCCAGCCUAGGCAUGUUUGCUGCAAGGUGCCCAGCAUCUCCAAAUCUUCAGUUGUCAUGUUAAUUAACAGUUACUGAUAAAGCUAAAUGUCAUAAUUGAGAGGAAAGCAGAGUUGCUUUCAGGAGUUCCUGACAUAUAUUCUGGAUGCUACCAGGAGUUAUUUUGAAAUGUAACAUAAAUGCCCCUAUCAAAUAGAUACAGAACUAACAUUAGCAAGAACUGCUUACUAGGAAGGAACAAUUAUAACAAAUCACUGAAUGAUAGAGUCAGAUGUAAGGCUUAAGAUUUCAUCUGGUCCAAAAUGCCAGUGAUGAUUAUGCUUGUAUUUUCUCUGAAACAUACUUUAAAAAGUAACGGCCAGCUAUCCUUUUUUGUUUUGAACACUUUGAGGGAGUGGGGGUUAAUUGAUUUACUUAUGGGAGGACACACUGCAAUUUGCAUAGCACUCUGUAAGGUUUUCUAAAAGUAUGUCUUGGUUUGUACAUUUAUAUGGAACUUUCCUUUCUCAAGGGUAGCUAAUGACGUAAAAAUAGUGAUGAAACACAGAGUUAUUUUUGACACAUGCCCACUAAAAUAUGCUUUCCUCUAAUACGUAUGCCUUCUCAGUUUAAAUGUAUGUAAAUACUGAAUGCUAUAUGGUAUGAUUUAUAAAGGUAAAUGGGCCAAAAUGUACAUUGAUGGGCAGCUCCAUCAGUGCCACUAAAACUCUGACCCAGCAAGGUGGCCUGCUUGGACCCCAGCUUCUUUGUUUCUGCACUGCACCAAUACUGCUCACAUAUGUGACACCAGGCUACUCUUAGAACAAUGAUGAUAUUAGAGUAGUGGCAUUAUACUUUUAAAUAGGUACCCUAUAGAUAUUGAUACAAUUAGUUUUAAUAAAAGAUGUUAUAACCAUG